AUGGUUUCUCAAAAGUUUCUUUCCGCGUUGGCGGUCUUAUCUUUGUUCUCAGGAUCCGAGGCUGGUGUUUGCUACCCAAGCGUCUCGACAUCGUCAAUCACGGCUCAGACAGUUUCGUCUGCGACGGCAGAGUCGAGGACAAGUGUCACGGCUACUAUCAGCACGAGCACAGUUGAUACCUCCUCUUCGGCGACGGAAACAAGCUUUACAACUUUUUCCACCACUCUAUCUACCACUUUCUCUACUACGUCAUUGACCACGGCAUCGGCCGCCUCAACCGACAGCAUCUCCGUUUCCACGACCACGACCUCUGCCGAGUCCGAGGAGACUGUUUACCUUCGCAACGGAGACUUUGACGAAAGUUACAACGCGUCUCCUUGGUACUCGGCCCUUGACGUGGCCAAUAUCCUCAUGGGUGUCGUCUCGGACGUGUCCCAUGAUGGCGGUCACUCUCUUCGCCUCAAGUUCGACAACCGCCCGCUCUACUUCCUCGCCAACCUCCUGAACCCGAAAGCUCUUGUCGCCGAGCAAGACUACGAGAUCUCCGCCUGGGUCCGCUUCGGCAAGGAAGUUGACGACAAUGGUGAGGGCUGCACGCAAGUCUUCCUCUGGUGCAUGCACAGCGAGUGGAACUUUGCGGAAAAGGGAGGCGAUGGACAGUUGUUGGCCUCGGCUGACUCGGUCAAUGACUUUACUCAGGUCAAGGCCACUUGCCGCUGGUCUCAGGCGCAACUGGACAAGAAUCCUCUCUUGAUGAUCAGGUGGACAUGCUCCAAGACGCUGGGCUGGGUGGACUCAAUCACUGUCGAGAAGGCGGGUCAACAAAUUACUGUCUCACAUGAAUAUCUGCCAACUCAGUGA